UUAACACGACUGAGCUGUGGCUUCUCAUCUGUGCCUCCCUCUGAGGUCCUCAUGUGGACAAAGUGACAGUGCGCGUGACCCCUAGCACAGUGCCUGGCACGAUGCGCUGCCUGACCACGCCCAUGCUGCUUCGGGCCCUGGCCCAGGCCGCACGUGCAGGGCAUCCCAGCGGCCGGAGCCUCCACAGAAGCACAGUGGCAGCCACCUACAAAUAUGUGAACAUGCGGGAGCCCUCAAUGGACAUGAAGUCGGUGACCGACCGGGCAGCUCAGACCCUGCUGUGGACCGAGCUCAUCCGAGGCCUGGGCAUGACCCUGAGCUACCUGUUCCGAGAGCCAGCCACCAUCAACUACCCAUUCGAGAAGGGCCCACUGAGCCCGCGCUUUCGCGGCGAGCAUGCGCUGCGCCGGUACCCGUCCGGGGAGGAGCGCUGCAUCGCCUGCAAGCUCUGCGAGGCCGUCUGCCCAGCCCAGGCCAUCACCAUUGAGGCUGAGCCUCGGGCCGACGGCAGCCGCCGGACCACACGCUACGACAUCGACAUGACCAAGUGCAUCUACUGCGGCUUCUGCCAGGAGGCCUGCCCUGUGGACGCCAUCGUUGAGGGCCCCAACUUCGAGUUCUCCACGGAGACGCACGAGGAGCUGCUGUACAACAAGGAGAAGCUGCUCAACAACGGGGACAAGUGGGAGGCCGAGAUCGCCGCCAACAUCCAGGCCGACUACCUCUAUCGGUGACCGGCCCGCCGGCUGGCCUGAGGUCCCCUUCUGCCCAAUAAAAAAGCUCUGACCUGC